AGGAAGAGCGAGAGGGAGAAGAGAGAGAAAGGAAGAAACUGCUGCUGAGGAAGGAGGCGGAUGUGUGUCAGACGGAGGGAGGGGCACAGUGUCGCGCGGCAAGAUUGGGCGAGACAGCGCGAAAGCCAAAGACAUGCCGCACUGUCGCGAGGAAACUCCGGAAGUGAGAGGCAAGAGAAAGGAACUGUCGAAACAGGUUCGAGUUUGAUAUGCGUGCAUGCGCUCGUUUUUUCCUCGCGAGAGGAGGUCUUCUCUUCUGGGACUCAGGCUCGGACUCACAGGCUACAGGGAAAAUGUGGAAAGAGAUCCAAGGGAAGAAACUAUUGAAAGGUUCAGGGAAUAUGAAAUGCCUUGCGUGGCUCGCUGGUGGGUUCGCGUCUCAUUUUCGUUCUUCGACUUCCGACUGCAUGCCUCCGACGCGUGCAUGGAUUUCCUGGAAAGCGCUCUGUCGCAUGGUGCGAGUUGCGGAGUUCCAGGGCACAACUGCGUUUCGUCUCGCGGCUUGGGAGACGUCGUGUCUCCUUCGGCCUCGCGCGAAGAUGCGGAGACGCCUUUCGGCUGGCGAAGAAGGCAUGCACCUUGUGUGUCUCGCACUUCGACACAGCGGAGAGCGGAAACUACGCAUGCGGCCUUGGAGCGAGAACCUAAACAUCUGGACGUUUUCCAGCCUGCGGGGAAGAACGCGGGAGAGCCAUGCAUGCAUCAACUGAGUGCUGAUGGGCACUCUGGGAUUUCCUAAAGGGACGGUUUAUGCGUUGGUGCAUGCGCCUGCGUGUGUGUCGGGGGAUACUUCGUCGUAUGAGCUGUCGUGACCCCUCUUUUAACAAGUGUGAAAUGCAGAAGGAGGGCGGAGGAGGCUCUUUGUCUCUCGUGUGAGUCGGCUGUGGUCCUCCAUGUAAGAAAGCGAGAGGAUCCUGCGUGUCGAAUCUCCUCACCGGUUUGUGCAAAAAGAUCAGAACUUCCUGGUCCAAGAAUCGGCCAGUUGUGUCUCAAUGUAAGGGAGAU